AUGAUAUAAUAAGAUAAACCCAUUUAGAAUUAAGAACUGCUUUAUGAGGAAAACCCUUUUAGAGUUUAUGAGGAAAAGGUGCCAUGUUAUGCAAUAGCCAUCAACUCUGAUAAUAAUUUAGUCGUAGCUGGUAUUGGUUACAACAUUAAAGUAAUUCAAAUAACUCAGGAUUAAACCUUAAAAAUGUUAUAAUUGAUAAAGCACCAUUAAGAACUUGUUCUUUGUCUUAGUUUCUUUAGUAAAAAUUUGAGGUCUAGAUCAUUCAUAUCUGUUGCAGACACAAUUAUUAUAUGGGAUGAAUCCGAUCAUUAAUGGAAUAUUUAAACAUGUUUGAAAAUAGAAUAGGAUAUAUCUCAAGUAAAGAGUCUAGUCAUUCAUCCUGAAGAAGACCUUAUCAUUUGUGGUUCUUAAUAAACAAUAUAAUUUUGGUUUUAAAAUUUAGAUACAGAACCUAAUAAAAUAUAAAAUGAAUGGAUUUGCAAACCUUUUGAGAAUCGUGACACUUUUGGUUUAUCUAUUAACUAAAAAGGAGAUAAAUUAGUAUCUUGUAAUACAGGAUAAGAAAUAUUGGUUUUGGAAGGAAGCAACACUACAGAAUGGAAAGUUAUGGAAAAAAUAUCUACUAACGCCUAUGGAUUGAGAUUGUGCUUUAUUACAAAUGAUAUAAUUGCCUUUUAAGAACGAGGUUCAAGACCUCAUGAACACUUAUAAUUUUACUCAUUAAAUUCUAAAGAGAAAUUAACUUAGAGUAAUGUUAAAGGAGGAUAUUAAGCUUGUAAUAGUUUAUUUCCUUUAAGUUAUGUACCAUCAAAAUAACUAAUUAUUGAUAGAAAUGGGUAUUCUGUAAAUGUUGUUAGGAUAAAAUAAGUAAAUUCUUAACAAUUUGAAUCAGAGUUAGUUUAAUAUUUUGAAUUUAAAAGCGAAUACAUAUAUGGUACAGUUAGUAAGGAUGGAAAUAUUCUAAUUAUUUGGAAUGAUAAAUUAGAAGUAAUCUAAUUUAGAAGAUUAAAUGUUAACAUUUGA